AUGCUCCAAGGAAAAAUGAUGGCUUGCAAACUGCUCCUUGUCCUGACCCUAUGGACAAUGUCUACGGAGGCCUUUCCCAAAGGGACUCAGGGGAAGACGUGCCACCUCUCAAAAUACAAGUCCCUGCCACCCUGGGAACUGGAGACCUUCAAGAAUGUCAAGGACAGAUUUGAGGACAUCGUGCUGUUGUCAGACCGAAAAUGCAACACCAAGAUUUUCCAUCGGAACUGGAAAGUCAAAGAGCUGUCGGUGCACGACAGAGUGAUCCUGGUAGAGACGGAGCUGCACCUCAUUAUUGACGUGCUGGAGAACUUUGGGGAUUCCAGUCUGUCCGAGCAGCUCGUGAGGCCAUUAGAAAUCCUGAGGGACAUCAGAGAGGACUUGAAGAGCUGGGCCAGACAUCAGCCUCACGGCCAUCAACGCUCCCAGACGCUGACUAGCUGGCUCCUAAACUUCCAUGCCGCCAAGAAAAUGGAAACUCCGGGGUGCCUGGAAGCAUCUGUGAUCUUCAAUCUCUUCCGAUUCCUGAACGAAGACUUGAAGUGCGCAGCCUACACGGAUUUCUGCACCUAAAUGCAAAGUCUUUACACUGUCUCACCUCAUGCACUAAUCAGACACUGGAGAGCCCAGCGAAUGGGAACCCUGAAUCCUUCCUACAGGACACUAUAUUUUAACCAGGCAUGAUGCUCUUUCUGCCUUGGCAUCUUA